AUGCAUAUUGAGGAAGCUGAAGAAUGGAGGCCUGAUGUGGACCAGCAGGACCCGGAGCACCUCAACAUAAAGGAGGAAGAGGAUGAGCUAUGGACCAGUCUGGAGGACGAACAGCUGGAUGUGAAGCAGGAGACGGAUUCAACCAUGUUUUCAUGCACUGUAUUGAAGAGUGAGAGUGACAAAGAAAGUCCACCGCUCCAUCAAGAUCAAGGAGAAAAUCUUUCAUUCAGUAGCUCAACUGACCGGAUGAAAAUAGAAGGUGAUGAUGAGAACUCUGUAGGAGCGGAGACACCCAGCAGCACAGAUCUAAACGCACACGAUCAGGAUCCCAGCUCUUCAGAAACUGAAAUCAGUGAGGAAGAUGAGGAGGACUUAGUCAGUCCUGAUCCUCAGCUGAAACAUUUGAUGAACACUGAAUCAAACAGUUUAACUGAUAAAGAAACGAUCACACUGAAUAAUAAUGUAGACUCAUCCAGAAAAGUCCAGACUGAGCUAGAAUCAUGUAGUUGUGAUGACUGUGGACAGAAAUUAACCAGCAAGGGAAAUCUAAAUAGACACAUGCGAAUCCACACAGGGGAGAAAAUGUUUGUUUGUGAUGUUUGUGGACAAAGAUUCAGUCAAAAAACCAGUUUAAAUGUGCACAUGCGUAUUCACACAGGACAGAAACCAUUUGGUUGUGAUGUCUGUGGACGAAUGUUCAAUCAGAAAGGAACUUUAAAUAAACACAUAACGGUCCACUCAGGACAGAAGCCCUUUGCUUGUGAUGUUUGCAGCAAAAUGUUUAGCCGCAGGAACAGUUUAAACACACACGUGGAAAUCCACAAAGGACAGAAGCAGUUUGGCUGUGGUGUUUGUAGACAAAGAUUUUGCCGAAAGACAACUUUGAAUGUUCAUAUGAGAAUCCACACAGGACAGACACCAUUUGGCUGUGAUGUUUGUGGACGAACAUUUAGCGACAAGGGAAACUUAAACAAACAUUUAAGAAUCCACUUAGGACAGAAAAUGUUUGCUUGUGAUGUUUGUGGACAAUCAUUUAGCCAAAAAGUCCAUUUGAAUCGACAUGCAAGAACCCACACAGGACAGAAACCUUUUAGUUGUGAAGUUUGUGGACAAAUGUUUACAGAUAAAGCAAAUGUAAACAAACACAUGAGGACCCACACAGGAGAGAAACCUUUUGUUUGUGAUGUUUGUGGACAAAAGUUUAGACUCAAAUACAAUUUGAAUACACACAUGAGGAUACACACAGGACAGAAACCUUUUGCUUGUAACAUUUGUGGACAAAAUUUUAGACAAAAGUUUAGUUUAAACACACACAUGAGAAUCCACACCGGGCAAAAACCGUUUGCUUGUGAUGUUUGUGGACAAAGGUUUAGACAUAAGUCUGGCUUAACCACACAUACGAGGAUCCACACAGGACUCACCCCGUUUUCUUGUGAUGUUUGUGGAGAAAGGUUUAGAUACAAGUUCACUUUAAAUACACACAUGAGAGUUCACACAAGAUUGUGAACGUUUCCACUGUUAAUAUUAAGACAACUUCAAUCAACACACUUGAAGAGGACGUGUUAUGCAAAAACCACCUUUUGCAACCUUUUGUGCUGCCAUGUGGGAUUCUACUAACUUUUUAAACACCCUAAUCAUGAAAAAAAGACUGUCCAUCUCUUCUUUCAGUGUUUGAUUUCAGGAAUUACCUGCCUAAAAUGAGUUGUUUCAGAAAGUCCCAGUUUGUGAUGUCACAAACAGGGAAAUUUGCCUAGAACCCCCUCUGACCUCUCCAGGCUGGAGAAGCAGCAGCUCUACUUCAAGCCCCUCUGAGAUAUUGGAGCUUCUCAGUUUAUAGCAGCCUGAGUGGGGGGAUAGUUGGGCGUGGCCAGCAGCAGCUUGUUUCUUCCUAAAAGUGACAGAACUCUGAAAGUACUCAUUCUGGAGGCACUGAAACUGUGAAGAAAAAAACUGCUCAAAUCACUUUACCUGAGAGGCAUUUUAUACAAAGAACUUUAUUUACAUGUUUUUUUUAUCAACCAUAGAACUAUUAUUAUAACUUGGAAAAGUUUCCUUUUAAAUAUUAUAUUUCAUCAGAUUAUAUUUUCAUUCUUUGAAACAUUUGAUACC